AUGCCUUCAGAUCUGUCUGGUUAUGUUUGUGUGGUUACAGGAGCUAGUCGUGGUGUUGGCCAAGGUAUAGCUAUUGGUCUUGGUAAAGCAGGAGCUACUGUUUACAUUACUGGAAGAACUCUUACAACGGAAAAUAGUAAAGGAGUAGAAGGAGGAGCUAGUCUUCGUGAUACUGCCCAUAUUAUAAAUGCAUCAGGUGGAAAAGCAAUACCUGUUGCUGUGGAUCAUUCAGAUGAUACACAAGUUGCAGGACUUUUUUCACGUAUUCACAAAGAACAACAUGGUCGUUUAGAUAUAUUUGUAAAUUGUGCAUUCAGUGCAACUGAUUAUUUAUUGGAUAAUAAAAAUAGUAAUCAUAAUUCACCAUAUUGGGAAUCAAAACUUCGUCCAAAUGAAGAAUGGGAUUUAAUUAAUCGAGUUGGACUUCGUAAUGCUUAUAUAUGCAGUGUAUUAGCUACACGUAUGAUGAUUAAAUGUCGUGAAGAAUCAUUGAAUUCAACGGGAACUAAUGAAAAUGCAUGUAAUCAUUCCACUACUGAUAGUAGUAGUAGUAAUAGUAGUACAACAAUAUCAUCACUUAUUAAUAAGAAACCAUUGCCUACAGGAUUAAUUGUAAACAUAUCUAGUUUUGGUGCAAUUACAAGAAUAUUUAAUGUUGCAUUUUGUGCAGGCAAAUCAUCUUUGGAUAGAAUCAGUCAAGAAAUGGCAUAUGAUUUACGCAAACACAAUGCGAACAUUUGCAUUGUCAGUAUUAUACCAGGACUUAUACAAACAGAAUCAGUUGUAUCAGCUUAUGAAAAUGGCAAUAAUAAUUCAUUGAAAUUAUUUGGUUAUGAUAUCAGUUUGAGAAUGGCUAUGCCUGCUCCUAUUCUCGGUGAUAUCAUUGCAUGUUUAGCUCAACAAUCAAAGAAUAAAAAAUUACUUCAACGCUCUGGUCGAUGUUUGUAUGCUGCUGAUCUGGCAGCGGAAUUCGGUAUCAAAUCAUGCGAUGGUUGUAAUUACACAAAUUUACGUUCUAUUAAACGAUUGUUACAAUUGAUCGGUUGGAAACAUUUGGCUAUUUUAUUUCCAGAAUUUAUUAAAAUUCCCUACUGGUUAAUUGCUAUUUUUACGUCGAAAUUUUAA